AGAAGUAUGCAGUGGAGUAUUGGCUGGAGGAAAGCUGGCUUUUGCUACAAGGCAGUACUGACCAUUGAAUAAUCGCAUUCAGAAAGAGGGAGCUAAUAACAUCAAAUUCAUAAGGGUGGAGUUAAAUUGGCUACAUUGCUGGUGUAAACAAACAUUUUUAUAUCAAUGCAAUGCCAAAUUUGUCUUAAUGGCACUUUUGUGAAUCCCUAGUUAAUCUUCAUAGAAGGUACAAAACAGUAAACUUUUCCUUUAAAUGCUACUGGGAAUCACAGAUUAAUAAUCUGACACCAGAGGCCUUGCUGCUAGCUUCAGCCCAACUGAGCAGUGCUAAUUACCAGGGGGAUUUUAUCUGAAAUACAGGGCAGCUGGGUUUCAGUUGUUGGAGAAUGGACAGAAUGCAGGCAGUUGUGGGCCUUGCCUUGCUGUGGGCUGCUUUGGCUUUAGCUGGAGAAAAAAAUUCCAUUCAUGAGAUCCUGAAUAAAGUUGACAAGGUUGGAGAAGCAGCUGAGAAGCUGACAGACUCUGAAAUGCGGCGAGAUGUUCUACUGAUACGAGAAAAGAUUAAAAUGAAGAUUGAGAGGUCACAGUUGAACCAUGACCAGCUUGCAGCAGCUAAUGAGCUUUUGGCCUUCAUCCUGAGAAAAAUCAGAGAUGGAAAAAUGACACUGUCUCAGGUCAAGCAUUUCAUAAAAUUUGCUCAGAGCAACAAACUAGAUAGACUUCUAGACACAUGGGACAAGAACCUUCUGAAGAUGAAACGCAAUGUGUGACUGUGUCAGGAUUACUAAACCAAAUGUAAUUCUUACUAGCACCUCAUAUUAUACUGCCUGUCCCUUUCAUUGCUUCAGGAGAUAACUGAAUGAUAUCUGGACUAUGUAUCUGCUGACUAUGAAAUGAAGGCCUAGGAGAACCUCCCUGUAUAGCUGCAAUGCUUUUUAUCCUUUGUUUUAACUACAUUUUAGUAAACAUUUAAAUUACCUUUUCUAGACUUCAAGUGACUUGUCUAUACUAUUGUUUUUAAAUAAUUAGACUUUCUAUUCUGUCAGUAAACCAUGACCUCAGAAACAAACAAAAAACUGACUCUGAAGCAACAUUUUUAUUAUGUUGUACAUGGUUAUAGAGUAUAGUGCUCAGAAUAAAUAUCUCGUUCUAAUUA